ACGCCUAACAACGACGAAGAUCGAACAAAUAUGACUAAAUUUUUAGCCGAGUGUAAGGGAUCAAAAGCCCCGACAUGCUCCCCUUGCAUAUGCUCUUGAUCUUCUCCAGGGUAUAAUCAAAAAAUUUAUUUUAUUAGUGUAAAGUGGCGACUGUGUAGAAAACUUUGAUGAAAAGAGUAGUAUUGAUAAGUGUAAUCAGCUAACGAGACGUUGUUUUUAGUCAUUCAGUAGCGUACUACAUAUAAAGACAAACACUUCGUGCCUGUCACAACGACUAUAAUGUGCGACGUCAACCAGAGUCAAAAAUUUGCUAUACUGGACUGCGAUGGCGGGAGCGAUGACGCUUGGGCCCUACUCAUGCUUCUCCACGCGGAACAGAGCGGAUACCUUCAGCUGUUGGCAGUGACCACUACCGGAUGUGGAAAUACAACUUGUGAGAACGCGGCCCGUAAUAUGAGACGUAUACUUAAAGCUUGCUCGAGAGAGGACAUUCCCAUUUAUCUAGGCGCAGUGGAACCAUUAAUUGGCAAUAAUGUCGCUGACAAGAAGUAUUUUCAUGGAUGUGAUGGAUUCGGCGAUUGCCUGGAAGAAAAAAGUUUUGAGCAUGUGUCCAGCUUUGUGCAGUCCAAGCACGCUGUCGUCGCAAUUCGUGAGCUGUGCCAAAAACGACCCCAACAAAUAACAAUUAUUGCGAUAGGUCCCCUUACCAAUUUGGCACUAGGCUACUCUAUGUAUGGAGAACACUUUGGACGUGACAUCAAGGAUAUUUACAUUAUGGGGGGAAACUAUAAGGGUGUCGGAAAUUCAUCACGCUGUGCAGAGUUCAACUUUCAUUCGGAUCCCGAGGCGGCUCAUUCCGUACUACUAAAAACACGCUGUCCAAUUACCAUACUGCCAUGGGAGCCGUGCACUAAAGACUAUUUCAACAUAUCACUUAGUUGGCGACUGGAUGAAUUUGGUAGUCGUACUGGAUUUCUUAAUCAACUUGCCAUAAAUAUUCUAACCAAGGUAGAAAGUGCACAGUGGCUGCCCGUGCAACAACAUGGGUUUGAUUGUUGGAAUCCAUGCGAUGCGUUAUUAGUGGCAUCAUGGCUUUUUGAUAAGCAAUUUGUCCAGAAAAACAGCACUUGGCAUGCAACAGUCGAUUUAACAGGCACAUACACCCGUGGACAAAUGGUACUUGAUCACUUAAGGGAGGUAGAAAGAUUUCCAGAAAAUGUUCGUGUUAUUGAAAAAGUCGAUGAUGUGUCUUUCAAGCAUAUUAUUGAGUGGAUUGCUGGCUUACGAGAUGCACGUUUCUUAUUUGUCUCUAAGUAAAUGAACAUCUGUAUAUUCAUUUCACAAACAAUACCCAAUAAACUACGACAAUAAGGGCAUUGCAUAUAUAAA